AUGCUGAGAUUGCAACAGCAACUGAAGCUGCUGAACCAUGUGUAUGGAGCGGCCUGUGACAACCAGUAUCUGUUGACGACCAUGCCACAGUACGCUAAGAGGAUGACCAUCUCUCGACGGAUGAGCGACGAGACAAAUUGGCAUAUGCUGGACGCUGAAUUGCUUCGAAGUUUAGUUGGGGGGUCAACAUUGGCCUGCAAUGGUGUCAUUCCGCUCCCGAUGGACAGACUGCGGCGGAAAGCCAGAGCUCGUACCAAACGGUGUACUGGAUGCGGGCAGAUCAUGGAAAGACACAAUGACACCACAAAAUCUUCUAGUUUAUUUGCAAAAUCUGAUGACGAAGACCAUGCCUGUGAGGAGUGUCGGUCUCCGAUGCAUGCGCCACCGAUUCACCCUGGCAUGCGCAAAAGGAAAGAUAAGCGAAAAGCUCCCCAUCCCACCCCAGUCCCGACUCGGACUAAUCGGAAACCAGAAUCGGGUGAACCCAGUAUUUUAGACUGGCGUGACCCUUUGACCACGAGGGUCCAACUCGCAAACCCUCCCGAAGAGACAGAUGCUGACUACCAAGGACAUAACAUCUCCACGACGUAG